GGUUCAGUUCUAAAAUGAUUAUUUGUACAUUCAGACGUAGACAAAUUAAAAAAUAAUAAAUUUAAUUUAAUUUAAAGAAAUCAUAUUUUUUGUAUGUGUUUAUUUUGAUGUUAAUUUUUUAUCAAAAACAUAUUUUUUACGAAUAAAUAUACAGCUGAUAGGAAAACAAAACAGUGAAAUUUCAGAACGCACUGCAAGUGCAACAGCGAAAUACUACACCGCGCACCAUCGGUCGGCGAAAAAAAUUAAAAAAGUCCUCCAUAUUUGCCUGUGCGGUAUUUUACCUGUGCCUAAAUUUGAAAACUAGAGUGUGUACAAAAUUCAACAGUGUGGCUAAGGUGACGCCGUUCCCGAGCAUGACUUAUUCCGGAAGGAAUAAAUUCGAGAUCGCUCGGUUUUCGAGCGACGAUGAGAACCACAUAAACAAAAAGCUCCCCAAGGAGCUGCUGCUGAGGAUACUCUCCUACCUCGAUGUGGUCUCGCUGUGCAGGUGCGCUCAGGUGUCAAAGCUAUGGAACAUCCUCGCGCUGGACGGCUCCAACUGGCAGAGGAUAGACCUGUUCGAUUUCCAGCGGGACGUGGAGGGUCCGGUCAUAGAGAACAUCUCACUCCGCUGCGGUGGCUUUCUCCGGCAACUGUCGCUGAGAGGCUGCGAGAGCAUCGCCGAUGGUUCCAUUAAGACUUUAGCGCAGUCGUGCCCCAACAUCGAGGACCUGAACCUGAACAAGUGCAAGAAGGUGUCGGACGUGGCGGUUCAGGCGAUCGGCCGCCGGUGCUCCAAGUUGCAGAAAAUCAACCUCGACUCGUGCCCCAGCGUCACAGACAUUUCACUGAAAGCUCUGUCGGACGGAUGUCCGCUGCUAACCCACGUGAACGUGUCGUGGUGUCAGUCCAUCACUGAGAACGGAGUGGAGGCACUCGCGAGGGGUUGCCCCAAGCUUAAGAGCUUUAUAUGCAGAGGGUGCAAGAACGUGAACGACAAGGCGGUGUCCUGCCUCGCCACCUACUGCCCGGACCUCGAGGUACUCAACGUGCAGGGCUGCGAUAGCCUCACGGACGAGUCCAUCGGCCGACUGGGCGGCGCGCUGCGGCGCCUGUGCGUGUCGGGCUGCGGCCGCCUCACGGACGCCGCGCUCGCCGCGCUGGCCGCGCACUGCCCCGCGCUCGCCACGCUGGAGCUGGCGCAGUGCGCGCUGCUGAGCGACGCGGGCUUCCAGGCGCUGGCGCGGAGUUGCAGAAUGUUAGAGCGCAUGGACCUCGAAGAGUGUGUUCUGAUAACGGACGCAACGCUCGUGCACCUGGCGAUGGGCUGUCCGCGGCUAGAGAAAUUGACGCUAUCCCACUGCGAACUAAUAACGGACUACGGCAUCAAGCAACUGUCCUUGUCGCCGUGUGCCGCUGAGCACCUUACAGUACUCGGCCUAGACAACUGCCCGCUGGUGACGGACGGCGCGCUGGAACACCUGGCCUCGUGCCACAACCUCCAGCUCAUCGAGCUCUACGACUGCCAGAUGGUCACCAGGAACGCGAUCCGAAAGCUGAGGAACCACCUCCCCAACAUCCGAGUACACGCGUACUUCGCGCCCGUCACGCCGCCUGUCACUGGAGGUGGCGCUCGGCCUCGUUACUGCCGCUGCUGCAACAUCAUAUGAGAGCCCACAGUAGCCCACAGUGUGCCCACAGCCUGCCCACAGUGCGCCCACAGCCCGCCCACAGUGUGCCCGCAUCGUGCCCACAGUGGGCCCACAGUGGGCCCACAGGGGCUAACGCUCGCGGGCCCUACGGUGCGUAUACUGAACUGUUUCGGCCUCGGGGACUUUAGGUCGAGUGUGAUAACGACUUUCUUAUCUAGGUUCUAAAUUUAUAUACCGUAUGGUCUGGGGCAGUAAAGCCCGAGUCGGAGAAGUUGGGGCAGAUUGGACUUGUUUGUUUCAAACGAGGUGAAUGAGCGAAGUAAAACAACGAAACAAUACUUGAAUGUGUACAACAAUACAUUUAAUACAAUGUAAAAUUUUG